AUGCUCGCCCGCCGCAUCCUUCAUUACCAGCGUUCAACUCGAAUACUCUCGUUUGUCCCACAACAUGCUCGGUUUCAUGACUCGAGAGUCGCCCGCGGACCCAACGAUGCUAUCCUGGAAAUGCUCCGUCGCGAGAAAGACCAGGAAGAACGCGCUCCAAAUGCAAACAACUACAAGAUACUCGCUUUCAGUAACGCCAUAAAUGUCAUUUCGCAACUGCAGCAGCCUAUCAAGUCGGGGGAUGACCAGGUUUUGGAGAUGAAAGGGAUAGGUAUCGGAAUAAAGAAUAGAAUCAAUACCUACUUUAUUCAAAAAAGUCUGGCUUCGUCUGAAAACUCCGUGGAGAGGGAAAACGCUUUGAAAAAGCGAGCAAUUCUAGACCUACAACGCGUCCCAGGAAUUGGGGCCGUAAAAGCUAAGGCCCUCGUUGAAGGGGGCUGUACGGGUUUAGCCUCCCUCAUAGCUUCAGAGGAGUUCCACUCCUUGCUCUCUGCACAACAAAUCAUUGGACUCAAAUACAUGGAGCAUUUGGAGAAGCCGGCCUCACGCGACCAGGUGGAAAGCGUCUUGAACCUGUGCAAGGCCAAUCUUUCGUCUCGGUACGAGAUAAUCCCUGUUGGGGAAUAUCGGCGUGGGCUAUCUGAGAGCUCGACCAUUGAGAUGCUGGUUCUGCAUCCCGACCACGUACACGUCCCACUUCCGAAUGUUCCACCGCCCUUCUCUGGAGACGACUUCGACGACUUCCUUCGGUCCAGUGAUACCCCUGCCACCAAGCGCCCGAGGAAGAAAGCAAGUCUCACAAAGAAGGAUCGCCAGAAUAGUCGCCUCCAUAGUGAAGUCGUCCCCGUGUUGCAGCAACGAGGCGUCCUCCUAGAGAAGAUUGCUGAAACGCACCAUAACUGGACUGGGGUGGUUCGAAUACCUUCGACAGGUUCCGCUUCUGGACCUAUGGUCCAGCCAGGGGAGUACAGGAGAAUAACCUUACAUCUCGUUCCGGCCAAGUCGCGGGCGGCUGCUCUGGUCUACUUCACCGGCGAUGAGGGACUUCACAAACACCUGAGGGAUCAAGCAACGCCGCUCGCCAUGUAUCUCGACGAGUUUGGUCUUUGGAAGUGGAAGCCGCAAGAUGUAGUCGAGCUUCCGAUUUCCGAGGCACUGAACAACCCAGAUCGCCUGGGGGACGGUGGUUUCUGGAGCCUCGUCAAGACGGAAUCAGAAGAGGACAUUUUUACACAUAUCGGCGUCCCGUUUGUUGAACCGACGAUGAGGAAUUUCAACUUCAUCUCUGCGAAGCCUAAACCGAAGAAGAAACGGUAUUCUACUUCAUUGCGAUGA